AUGUCCAAGACAGACCUCGCAGAAUGUCCAGAAGAAUACUCCACUCCAGUAAUCUUGCCCGAGGUUUGUUCAGAAGAAUGCAUCGCCCCAGUAAUCCAGUCCACGGCUUUUCCAGCAGAAUGUUUAUGCCCAGUAAUCCAGCCAGCACCUUGUCCGGCAGGAUGUCCUAUACCAAAAAUGAUUUCUGGAACAUGUUCUUCGAAUAAUGAAAUUCAAAUAGCUUCAAAAGAAUCACAUGAUUUAGAAGAAUGCUAUGAUCAAGUACAACAACUAGAAAUACUUGGUCAAAAAGAAAAUAAUUUUAAUGUAAUUCUUCGUCGAGAUCCUUUGCUUAUAGAUCUAUGUGAUGAUUUAGAAUCAGAUAAUAUUAGUUGCGACGUGCAGGAGGAAGAACAAUGCUCGAAAGGACAUCAAUCGAGUUUCAUACAUACGGGUACACCUAUAACUACAGGAUGUUAUUGCUCACCUCAAGACAAUGCAGUAUUUGAAACCGAAUUACCAAUUGGAGAAUUGUUAAAACGAAGAAUAAGAAAGUUUCGCCUAGUGAGACGACAAGCAAUUACGCCGCCUUGCAUGUACACGGAAGAUUGUAAUUUAGAACAUGAUGAAGCAAAUGCUCAUGGUUAUCAAGAAGAUUACGAAGACAUAUUAGGAAGUCAAAACGAAGGUUUCACGAACUGUGACAUCGAAACAGGAUUAACAUACGGGGAUUAUUGCAAUUAA